AUGGAGACUGCCGGGUUCGUCUUCGGUGUCCUCCCGGUUGCCGCCAGUCUAUUUAAGUCCACUCUCUCCCUUUACACGUAUUACUCGGAAUGUCAAGAGCUCGGUAAAACGUCCUCCGAGCAGCAGGUGCUUCUCCGAAUAGAGCAAUUCCGUUACCAGAGCUGGGGGAACAUUGUCGGUCUAGAUGCAGACGACUUGAUAACAAACUCACAGAGCUAUCCCGAUAUCAAUCUACCUCUCACUGUCGAUAUUUUGUCGUCUAUAAGCCAACUAUUACUCGACGCUAGUAAAUUGGAGAAGAAAUACCGUUCAACUACCACACGCAAUUCUAAUGCUGGGCUAGGGGCGAACCCAAAUACACCGGCGCCGUUUGAAUCAGCCGUAGAAUCUGGACGAGAAAACCUUGCCACCCUCGCGCAAGAUAUCAAAUCCUGUUUGAGCCUUAAGUCCAGUAUCAAAUUCCUCAUAUGGGACAGGACUAAACUUGAUACCCUCAUCAGACAGCUCAAAGCCUUCAACGAUGGACUUGAAAAUGUAACGGCGCCUCAUAGCCGAAACCAACUAUACGCCAAGCUCAUUACGCAAGCUCUAGAUCUCAACGCAAAUGGCCAACAACAGCAGCUGCAAAGUCUAUCUGCGCUCAUCAGUGCAACUGAAACUACAUACCCAACAUUGGCGGAGAUGGCUAAGCGGAGAGCGGCUUACCUUGAGUUGCAAGAUCGGCAACUGAAACAAAGAAACAACCGCAGGAAAAGCCCUUCGGCGGAAGACCCCCAUCUCAAACUGGACCAUACCAAGAUGGACCUCAUAAAGACGCCUGUUAGCCCAGGCCGCUUUCUAGGAACAUAUUGUGGUACCCCGGUGAUAGUUGAGUGGAAAACACUUUCCGUCGAUGGUGGUCUUUCUGAGAAUGAAUCCCUUUGUCGGAUUCGGGACUUGGCAAAAUUCCUCUCCAAGAAGAACGAUGGUAAGAAGGAAGAUCUUACUCACCUACUAGAAUCCAUUGGGUACUUCCGUUGGCCUGGCGAGACAGACCGCGUCGCACUCGUUUACGAAAACCCCAGAACCAGUGUUGAUACUCUAAAGGGGUUGCUCAAGAAUCCGGAUUACGAACAAUUCAACCUUGGGGCACGAUUCCGCCUUGCACGGUCACUUGCGGAAUGCGUCUUCUUUCUACAUCUAACCGGGUGGCUCCAUAAGGGUUUGUACAGUGAUAACGUGGUCAUCUGUGGAGAUGGGAGUACCGGACAAAGCUCGACGGAAACAAAGGCUCUGCAACUGUACGUCAGCGGGUUCAGCGCCGCAAGACUCGACGGGCAAGGCGAGAAAUCGGAAAAGAUUGAGCUCGAAGCUCACAUCGAUCUGUAUCACCACCCAAAAUAUCAAGGGCCGAUGAAGGACCGGAUAGAAUACACUCGCCAAUACGAUAUAUACAGCCUUGGACUCUUAUUACUAGAGUUGGGGACGUGGCAAACGAUCGACGAAAGUGGGGGUUUUAAGCAAAAGAAGCAUGACCCAACGAGCGGCCUGAAGGACGAUGAGAAAUCGAUGUUGUUUUGGAAGAAGGUUGUCCUGGAGUUGACAAAGAGCAGUAUUGAAGAGUGA